GAAAUACCGCGACACGAUGCAGAGCUGAUACGUUAUUUCUGUCAAUCUCAUGCUCCUAUUAUCCACAAUCUUUUGGUUCGAAUUAUAAUUUCACCAGCACAGAUUAUUCAUCAACAACACUAUAAAUAUCGGUUCGAGAAAUGUUCGUAUGGUUCGUCCGGCGUUAAUCGUCCGUUCACAAUUCGCACGACGCAGUGCUCUCGAAGUGUCAAGAUUCUAGGUUAUACGAGAGAAUCAUGCAUGGAGUGAAUAGAUAGUGGUGUUCCAUGCUAGAAUCAACCAUGCCAUUUUUACCGCCAUCUAAUAUUGCAGUCACGCUCUAAAAUUAGUGUAUCCACGUUACUAAUAAAGUAUGCGUAUUCGUUGGCUUUUUAAAUGCUGAAAAAAAUUAUCCAAUCGACGAGACUUCGUCUAUUCGCGUGUAAUGCUAUCGAAAUGCAAGUUAAUAGGUGUAUAGUUUGUUUAUGCCACUUUCUGCAGGUACGAUGUGAAAACAGCUUUAUCUGUAAUAGCGGUUUCCCAGCGUCCUAAGAUAAGCGUAUCCGCGAAUUAGGAUACAUCAGGAUAUAUUACGACCGCACUCGUGCAAACUCUUCAUAAUACAUAUGUUCGCGAGGAUUGUAAUUCAUGUUAGUAGUACUUGCUAUAUGAAAUUCUGUUUAAUGACUCUAAAGCUACACAUGAAACAGAUCAACCUGUCAAUUGAAUGUAGGCUGCCUUGUUCCUAUGACCACGUUAGACGAUCAUUUAUGCUUUUUUAUCGCACACUUAAGUGACUCUUACAUAGGUGCUGAAGUUCAUGGUAAGAACGUGUUUCCUACAACUCAGUGAUUUUACGAUGCUUUUCAGUCCCACACAUCGAAACUUUGCAUAUGUCAACUAAACAUUAUUCAUGUCGUAAUGCUACACAUUAAAUUUCAUAAUCCAGCUACCACUAUAUAAAAUGGCAACGUUUUGGUCAGGCCGACCUGGCUGGCUAGGAAAAGUAGGAAUAGCAUUAUUAGCUACAUGGCUUUUGGUAUUAAUCGUAUCGGUAUCCCAUAUCUUUAAGACAAAUAGUUUAUCAAUGAACAAUGACAGUCCUACAAACAAAGAAAAUGCUCAACGUUUAGCUCAAAUGAUGAGUGAUUUUGAAAUUCUUAAGAGACAAAAUGAAGCAUUAAAAAAUAUAGUUUUAGGAGAAAGGUCCAAACCUGUUCAAGGAGACCAUCUAGGUUCGAUACACGAAAAAUUAGAUAAAGUUUCUGUUUACGAGGAUUUAGUGAACGAUCAAGAUAAUUUUAAACAUGGUAUCCCUUUGCUAGAGUAUGAAGAAUUGAGGAGAAGGAUAAGAAACAAUGUACAAGAAACAUGGUAUUAUGUUAGUGCAGAAUUAAAUAAGCUUAGGAAAACAAUUGAUAAACCAACUUAUGAGCUAAAAGAAAAAAAACUACAAGAUAUAAUAGAUAAUGUUUGGGAUCAUAAAAAGUCUCUUAUAAUAGACAUUGAUAAAUUAACAAAAGCAGAUGGCUACAACGAAUGGCGCAAGAAAGAAGCAAAAGAUCUAUCCGACCUUGUACAAAGAAGGUUCAAGGCCUUACAAAAUCCUGGUGAUUGUAACAAAGCGAGAAAAUUGGUGUGCAGUUUAAACAAAGGCUGUGGAUUUGGAUGUCAGAUACAUCAUAUUACAUACUGUUUCCUGGUAGCUUAUGGCACAGAACGAACACUAAUAAUCAAAUCUAAAGGAUGGCGGUAUCAUAAGGAUGGCUGGGAAUCUGUUUUUAAGCCACUCAGCGAUACUUGCGUGUCUACAAAUGGAGCGUCCCAUGCUAAUUGGCCUGGGGACCCAUCUAAGCAAGUGAUCUCUUUGCCAAUCGUAGAUAAUGUUUAUCCAAAGCCAAAGUUCCAACCACCAAGCGUACCUGCGGACUUAGCUCCAAGACUGGAGAAACUUCAUGGACACCCGUUAGUAUGGUGGGUAGGUCAAGUUCUAAAAUAUUUAAUGCGACCUCAAGAACAUGUGCAAAAGACAUUAGAGGUCGCUAAGGAGAGACUCGGUUUUAAGAAGCCUAUUGUUGGUGUUCACGUGAGAAGAACGGAUAAAGUUGGAACUGAAGCUGCUUAUCAUGAUAUAGACGAGUACAUGAUCAAAGUUGAACAAUAUUAUAAUGAACUCGAGAUAAAACCCGAAGUGAAGAGAGUCUUUUUAGCUAGCGACGAUCCAAAAGUAAUCACAACAGCAAGAAAUCGUUAUCCGAACUAUGAAAUAGUAGGGGAUCAAAAAGUUGCUGAGACUGCGUCGGUUGCGAGACGAUAUUCGGAUUCUUCCCUGCAAGGAAUAAUUAUAGACAUACAUCUUUUAUCAGAAUCCGACUAUUUAGUAUGCACAUUUAGCUCUCAAGUGUGUCGCGUGGCAUACGAGUUGAUGCAAACGUAUUAUCCUGAUGCCUACAAUCGAUUUACUUCACUAGACGAUAUUUACUAUUAUGGCGGUCAAAAUCCGCAUCCCCAUCGAGCUAUUUUAGACCAUAAACCAAGGAGAAGUGGGGAAAUUGAACUGAAGCAAGGGGACUUAAUCGAAGUAUUCGGGAACCAUUGGGAUGGUUACUCUAAGGGAUAUAAUACUCGAACUAGCAUGAAUGGUUUAUUUCCUAGUUUCAAAGUAAAGAAUCCCGUGGAUGCUAUGGAUUUUCCGAAAUAUCCGAACGUACCGUUGCACGAAAAUAAAAAUGAGUAGACUCAUUUUGAAUCUGUAGUGAUCUUGAAAACUUUCAGAUUGCUUGCAAAAUGAUAUAACUUGCCUUUGUAUUCAAAUUGUUGAAAGCAGUAUAAAAAAUUAUGAAUACGUAUAUAUUUUAUUACUAGCGAGUGACAGUUUUUAUUUCUAUAAAGUGAAACUAUCGCGAGUUGUGAGACGAAGACGUAUAAGUUAUGUUUUAUAUAAAUCUAUUCGUUGAAUUUUAAGAAGAUCGUAGAACGAAAUGUGCAAAAUAAAAUUAUAGGGAAUUCCGAGUAAAUUUACGAUCUUCUUAUAAAUUGAACUAACGACAGUGAGCAUUUACAAAACUUCAUAAGUAUGCAAUAUACACGGAAAGUUGUUUGUGCCAAUGCAUUUCAUUCUUAAAGAAUCACACACGAUGGCGAGCCAAUGUUUGCAUUAACUAGAAAAUACAUAACGAAGUCAAUUUUUAUAUGUUGUAAUUAGUAACUCUAUGUCAUUAGUUAAUCUCACAUCUCUUGAUAAGAAGGCUUGCAUUACGAUUCAUUGUCACAACGUACAAUUUGUACAUAAGAUAUGCAAUAUGAAAAUAAUGUAAAUGACAGUUUUUUGAUGACAUUAGAGCUUAUACAAUACGCAUAACAAAUAAUGCAUAAAUUACGUAUAACAAGCAUAAAAUGCAUAGACAUCGAGCUGGGCUUGAGGCCUAUCUUAUAGAUUUAAGAAUGUUUCCUGUAUACAUAUUGUAAUAUAUUUUAUACUAUACACCAAACGCAAAUGAGAAUUGUUACUAUAUUGCAAAAUCUGACUUUGGUUUUUAAUAAAUAUUUAAUUCAUCAAGUUUA